AUGGCUGAAGAGGGGAGCCCAUCCGGGGAAGGUGGCCCCUGCCCCAUCAGCCGCCUGCUCCAGUCCCCGGAGGCCGCCAGCCAGAAAGAGGCAGUGCUGCGCAUCGUGCGUGCGGCCCGCAGCCAGCCGGCGGCCGUGAUGCCGGCCCUCGCGGUGAUGCUCCAGCGGGACAAGGCCCCUGCCUGGCAGAAGGUGGCCGUAUACCGCAGCCUCCGGGCCAUGGUGGAGCACGGGCUGCAGGUAGAGCCGGCCUGCGACUUCAUCGUCGCCGCCUCCAAGCAGCUGAGAGCGUCGCCGGAGCCGGAUGCCCCUCGGGAGCUCCAGGCUGCUGCCAGCAACACCCUGACCACUCUGGCUCGCCACCAUUUCAACCCCAUCAUGACGGAGCUCCAGCAGCAGCUCCGGCCCUUCGCUGAGCCCGAUGAGUUCACCCUCCUCACCUUGGGCAAGAUCGCAGCCGGCAACGUGUACAGCUGCGUCCCCUUCCUGGGCAUCACGCUGACCACCCUGCAGACCGUCAUGCGCUGCAUCGAGGACAGCCAGCGGCGCAAAGCCCUCUGCACAGCCCUGGAGCAGAUGUGCCGGGCGAUCCGGACCUACCUGCGGACCUGGGAGAGGAGCUCCUACCCCCGCGUCAGCGUCCAGCAGUUCUCGGCCUACCUGCUUCCGCUCUACGCCUGCAUCACCCGCACCUGGCUGCCCGGGAGUGACUCCCAGGUCAAGCUGGCGGCCCUGAAGGCACUGGGCCCCAUGCUGAGCAUCCUGCUGCCCAGGACGGAGUUCCAGGCCCAGAUUUACGGCGACAUCGAGCUGCUCCUGGCAGAGUACGAGAGCGGCAUCAACGCCUUCCAUGUCACGAAGAUCCUGGGCCAGAUCCUGGAAGCCUCCCUGGUGAACAGCAACCCCAUCCCCAGGACGCAGGUGGAGCUCCUCGCUCGCACCCUCACCCGCCAGAUCUGCAGCAGCGGGCAGAAGGGGCAGCCCCCGCGGCAGGAGCACAGCGAAGAGAACCGGGCCGAGAUCUCGCAGAUCUUCUUGCGGCUGGCCCGUUCGCACCCCUCUGAGCUGCUGUGGGUGUUCCAGGGGAAGCUGGAGGACGUCCGAGAGGAGCCGCGCGUCGUGCUGCUGGCCCUGCUGGCCGAGAUUGUGGCCGCCCAGCUGCCCGAACUCUGGAGCCGGAGGCAGCUGUGCGUGAAGGCGCUGAAGGCCGUGCUGGGCGACGAGCGCACCCGGGUUCGCCUUGCCACGCUCCGGACCAUUGAGAAUUUGCUGAGGACCGGCUACUUGGAGAAAGUGGAAGGCUGGCCCUUGAACUACAUCGCCCUUCAGCUGUCCAUCUCCGCCCACCAACUGACGCACCCCACGCUGAGGCUCCGCUUGGGCGGCCUGGAGGAGAAGGCGGUCGAGAGGGCCAGCGCGGAGGCGCUCCAGGUCGCCGUCGCUUCCGGGAGGGGGGCGAGCCAGGAAUUAUGGGUGCGGAUGCUCGGCUACGUGACGCAGCCCCAUUACGCGGCUUCGGCCACCCCGCUGUGCCGGGCCUUGAGGCAGCUGGCCGAGCAGCGGUUGCGGCAGGUCGUUCACGGGCAGGACGGCUGGGAGCCAGUGAAUUCACCGACGGCCCAGGAAUUGAUGGCUUGCCUCUUGGUAAGCGCUGUGGGUCCCUGGGGCCCAAGGGAGGUGGGUGUGCCUCUCCGGUAG